AUGGGCUGUGCAGCCUCAAAAGCAGUCACUCCUCCCCCCGUGGUGGAAACAGUGCCGAAACCAGUAGCUUUUGAAAUUCCCAUAGAAGAAGAAGAAACAGAAGUUAAUAAUAAAGUUAAGAAGCCUCCUCCACAGAUAUUACAAAGGUUAGAAGAGCAGAAUCAAAACAAUAUAACAGUUGAAGAGCUCAAAGAAAAACAGCAAAAAGCAGAAGAAAGGAGAUUGACAAUAUUAGAAGAAAAGUGCCGAAUAGCUCGCCAAGCUCAAAAGGUUUUCAAUAAAAAUGGAGAAGCACAGCAAAACGGCCAUGCGAAGGAGAAUUGUAAAAACUGCCAGUUGAACUAA